AUGAGCCCCGAAGAGCCACCGAUUAUAGAUUUUGCUUCAUGGUAUGGCACCAAUAUCGCCGCCAAAGAGCAGCUUGUCCAUCAGAUCCGCCGAGCGUGCGAGCAAUUCGGCUUCUUCCAGCUCAUCAACCACGCCAUUCCAGCAGACUUACAAAAUGCGGUUCUCCAACACGCAAGUGAAUUCUUCAACCUCCCAUUGGAGACCAAAGAGAAAUACAAUCAAAACACCGGCGGCUUCAACCGAGGAUACGAAGGGCUCCGCGCUCAGAACUUCGAAAAACGAACAAAAGGCGACCUAAAAGAGGGGUUCUACCUAGGAAAAAACCUACCACCCGACGAUCCAUACGUAGUCAAGAGACGUUUCGGCCAAGGACCGAACAAGUACCCCCAAGAAGUCGCGGAUCCAAAAGAAUUCCAGAGAGUCAUGGACGAGUACCACGAUACCAUGACUGAGCUCGCAAGAGCAGUCAUGGAAAUCCUGGCGCGCACGCUGGAAUUGCCUGACGAUGCCUUUGGCGAUUUUUGCGAUCAUCCGGUCUCCAUUGUCCGAUUGCUGCGCUAUCCGCCGCUGGAAGCCGAUGCGUCCGAUCUUGAGCGAGCUGAUCUUGGUAUUGUCGAGCUAGGAAUUGGCGCGCACACGGAUUUCGGCGCCAUUACUAUCCUCCUACAAGACGAUACAGGCGGACUCCAAGUAUGGAACAACGGUUCGGCUGAAUGGGUGGAUGUUACUCCCGUGCCUGGGGCUUAUGUUGUGAACCUGGGCAAUAUGAUGAUGCGCUGGACGAAUGAUAAGUACCUGUCGAAUCUACAUCGGGUCAUUAACAGGGGUGGCAAGGUCAGGUUUAGCGUUCCGUUUUUCUUCUCCGGGAACCCUGAUUUUACCAUUCGAUGUCUGCCGACCUGUGAAGAUCUGAUAGAGGGGGCUAAAUAUCCCCCUGUUACGGUACAUGAGUGGAUGACGGGGAGGUACACGGAUACUUAUGGCUCGUCGGAGGAUAAGGGUAUUGGGGAAAUGCGCAGGGAGCUGUAUACCGUGAGCUAA